CGAAUAGGUUAGUUUGUUGAGUGCACGCGCACUUAAAUUAACAAGACCGUUGUCCGCCUCCCUUAUUUUUAUGGACUGCCUACGUCGAAGAAUUGUUUUCUAGACUAAUAAACAAAGCACGCGAAUCAAUAACGUAAAAGAAAAUGGAGAAAGCUUUUUCCAGCUCUCUGCAGGUCCCUGGCCACACACGAGCUGUUCUUCGACCGCAUAAGGACGGCAGCCAUGUGGAGGUGAAGAAGGAAGUGCGCCGAUAUGAUCACAAGGAGUCGCUCGAGUUGGUACGAUAUGCGCAGACGAUUCCCGAAAGCGCACGGUCAACCUUGGAAACUUGGAAAGGGUAUGUUGUUGUAAAAGGAAUUCUUCAUCUUGUGGUUUCCUAGUGUCUUACUGCAGCUGCCUCUUCUUCAUCAAAAAUAGGACGCAAUCCUUUCUUGACUUAGUAGGUACACGUACAUCAGUGUAACUGUAAGUUCGAAUUAUGAAUUGCGCAGGGUUUGCAUCUACAAAGGGCCGUCUAGGAAGAUUUUUUCUUGACGGACGCACACUACAUAUAUGCAUGCUUUAGGUUUCACUUGUCGUCGGGCGUCAGGCAUCCUCCGAUUUCUCAUCAGUGCCACUACGAAAAAAUACUGAAGCCACAGUGGUCACGGUGGGAAGCGCUCUGCGAGGAAGAUAAUGAGUUCAAACGUCGCAGAGCAGCGGAGCAGGGUGGAGAUAGCAGUGGUCGGAAUAGAGACGCGAACGGUGUCGAGGCUCAGGGACACGAUAACGAUAUCGACCGUUUCGGGGAUGAUUUAGGUCUCUACUGCGUGUGAUCCUUAAUGUCCACAUCAAAGGAAAUCACUGAAUGUUUCCUGGGAGCUGCGUCCUAAUUUUUCUAAGCAUCUAAAACUGAAUCACUAUUGCGCACUAAAAGUUUGUUUACCAAGACCAAGCUCUAAAAAGUCCCUGCUGCACUGCGGAGGAUUUAGAGGGGCUCGUCCCCGAUGAUGACUUCUCGACAAAGGCAGAUCAAGUUUGGCCGAUGUUGCAAGUGCUCUUCGAUUUUCCAACGUUUUUGUGCCCCGCGCAACAAAAAGCAAUGUAUGGUGAAGGAUCUAGUUGUUUUCCUGAUUGAUUCCAUGCUUGCUUCUGUUGAAAAUGAUGCUUCUAGACUUCUAGGUGGACGUGGAUCCGGGCUGUCUGCAUGUUCUCGAUUUCUCGUUUAAACUAUGUCCGUAUCCUCGUUUAUGGUGUUAAACAAAUUUUCAGAGCCAGAACACUAGUCGAAGAAGAUGGAAAAAAACUACAUCCUUCAUAAAGUGGAGGCACUUCUUCCAAAGCAAGAGCCGAAGACGAGUUCAGCCCUUUCACCGACGACUACCUCCGCCAUUACUUCUCCUCGACCGGACAUUGUACUGUCCGGUCUGUUAGGGAAAAGUACAGCGUACACACUGCCUGCCUUCGUGACAAAGGAACUUGCUGUUGUUUUUUCCACGCGCACGAGCUCGGACAACCACGAGAAGGUCGCUCGUUUGCGAAGAGCGGGGGUAAAGUACGGCAUACUGAAGCAAAGGGCGACGGGUCCUCUAUUAGAAACCGAUCCUGUCCUAAAAGAGGUCGUAGAUUCGAUACCUCCAGAUAAGAACGCGUCCUCUCCGAAGAAAAAAGCUUUGUUAAACGGAGAGACACAGGACGGGGCGACAUCUAGCAAGUUGGCCGGCAAGACCACGACAGGAACAUCAACAAAGGGUGGUGCGUCUGUGUCCAAACGAGGUGUCGGCGGUAAGAACAUGAAUAAAGCAUGUAAGGGGAACUCGAUGAAAGCGGGAGCUGGCAGUAGGUUGCAGCAAAGCCAAACGAACAUGAGUUUGGAGCAAGAGACUUCAAAAAGUAGCGAUCAGCAAGACUCGCUAUUGGCUCGAUUGAAGCGGCAUAAAGCGUCCGUGGAAAAGCGAUGGGUCAAGAAUGACAAAGUCCGCGAAGCCGCUGCUCGGGCAGUGAUUAAACGGGAUAGCGGUGGCAUAGCGUUCAAUGUCCCUUCUUCGUUUGACGAAGCAGAUUCGCUCUCGUUUGACUUGGGCACGCUGCCUGUCGCUUCGCCGCCUCAGCCAUUCGAGAACUCUCAGGCGAGCGUCCAAAUCGUUGGCGAAACUGGCACACAUCUUCUGAACAAGAGACGGCGGGCGUGUGAGGAUCAUAACAUAGUUACGUACAAUACGGUGGACAUGUAGAGUGUGAAUACAAGAAGAAGAUUUCAUUUCAACAUGGUCUCUGUGUUACUGCUGAAGCUCGAGAGCAUCAACGUCAAUAUUACACGUGCCUGCUCUCCUACUUUUCUCGCUUCUAAUCACAAGAGCAGCGCCGAAGAAGAACAAGUGUUGUCGGAUAAGGACGAAGACGGCGAAGGCCUGGGAGCUGACAAAAUUAGCGUGCUCUUUGUUAGCCCGGGGCUACUGCUUGGCGCAAAUGUGCGUAAGAGCCCACUAGUCCGCGUACUCCGCAGGGCUCUCGAACGGCGUGGCGGGUACCUUGUUGUCGAGGAGGCACAUUGCCUUUCCAAGUUCAGCUCAACGUAUCGCGAAGACAUGCAACCUGUCGCGGACUUGCGCGCGCUGUUCGGUCCCUCGGUGCCGAUCGUUGCUUCGAUGUCUGCGUCCGCGGCCUCGCAACAAGUCAAGGCGGACGUCGCGAAAAUUCUGAAGCUGCAUGCUUCACGAUGCCUAAAAUUUGACCUUACUCCGCAUGCCGACGCCUUGUCUGCACUUGAAAUGAAGGUGGUCGUAGUCAAUAGCGCCCUUGUCAAGGAGAUGGCGAGUACAACGGGAGAGGAUGAAAGUGCGGGGACACCACGUUCCACGUCCGAUGCACUGGCUAGGCGAUCAGGAGAUAGCGCGUCAGCCUUCGCGCUUUUGUCGUUAUCAAAACCCGAGCAAGAGAUAGAUAGUGUCCGCCGCCGCCUGUUGCUCCAAGCCGUGCAACGCUUGCCAGAGAGGCGGCGGGCUCUCGUUUUCACCGAGAAUUCGCAGCAGCUCAAAGCGCUAUCGCGUUACUUCAACGAGAACGGCUUCGUGGUGAAUGAUAUGCGGUCAGGCCUCGUCAAUGAUACGAGCAACGUAUCUUUGGGCCUGAAAAAGGCAGGCUCUGCGGCACCAACACAAAUCAUCGCUGGGGAAGAGGCUGUGGACUCUGCGUCCGCGCCUAGACUGGCGUAUAUUUACCCUGGCAUGCAGGGCACUGAAAUUGAGCCGAUGACCAAGCGAUGGGAAUCUGACGAAAAGUGCAAGGUAUUUUGUCAAUACAGCAGGGGCAAAAAAACAUGCUAGUCAUACAUUCAACAACGUUCACGGUGAAGAUGAUAGAUCAUAUCAGAAUGAUAAUGAUCACCAAGAAACUUAAUCGUCGUACAAUUUGUUCCUAGCAUGAUCAGGUGCUUCUGACAACAAUAGACGUGAAGAAAGGGCCGCCGCGUACUCCGAGCGCGCUGCCGAUAUCCCUUGUUGUCCAUUACACGGCUGCUUGUACGCGUAAUCUACUAAGGCUAGGAGAAGAGAUCGCGCCACUCCUGUACCAGAACCCAAGACCGCAGGGAGUCGAUGGGGAUAUCGACAUGGGGUUAUUUCCCGACACCUGUGCAGAUGGUGCUGGUCCACCCUCGGGCACGUCAUUGUACGACAGCAAAAGGGAAGCGCUCAUGUUGUAUUUGUUUUCGUCCAUCGUGUUCUUAUUUUUGUUGAAUAAUUUCAGUUAUGCUAGAACAGCGCAGGUGUUCGCUAUAACUAAUUUAGGCGAGAGUUUUAUUUGCUGGCAUCGGUGUCGUUCCUUCACUUACUCAUGAUCUUGGGGGCUGCGCAUCCUACACGCAGCGUGUACAUUCGUACACGAAUCGAAUCUAAUCAAAUCGUUCUUAAUCGAAUCUCAGCGAUCGCUAUCGAAUCUUUUCUCUCUCUACUCUUGGUUUACAAUCGAAUCAUCUUUCUCAUUUCUCUUUUUUCUGGAGUCGAAUCUUUUCGAAACAAUCUGUCUCAAACGGUGAUCAAAAUGGAGAAAAGCCAAAAAGCUACCUCUGAUCGUAAUGCCGCAUACUCAUUUAACAACAAAUGUCCACGAAAACAUGAAGCAUAUGAUUAUUCAUCAGCUGGCUCAAAACACCUGUACUCAAUACAACAAAAUGUCCAACGCCGCGCCUUCUAACCAGCACCCAGUUGACGCCCAUGUCAUCUUCGCCGACCUCUCGCGUCGAGCCUGUUCAUUCACUCGGUACGCCGGAUCCAUCGAAGCAUUAAUUGACAAUUCCAUCUGGAAAAGGGAGAUCUCAGGAUGCGUAGUAGUUCCGAAUUCAUCCACCAACGAUGUGCUAUUCGCCAUCUUCUGCGACAUUGAAACAAAGUUAGGAUGCUCUCCCAGCAAUCUACCAAUUUCUCAGAACUCGACCUUUGACUUCCAAGACGGCGCGGGCAGGUUAGAUCUUGAAUUCCUCUGCCGCGCCCGUUCCGACGGAAAAUAUGACGUCUUCCCAUCCAAUUUCGACCAAAACAACUGCAACAGUGAUGAUCAAGUCAACCAAAACGACGAAAAGUCGACUGCACUACCGCCAUCAUCAACUCGUCUCCAAUGAUUAUUGUGCAUCAACUCAACCAUCUAACCUUUUCCCCGACAGCCAUCAUGUAUCAAGCAGUGAUUGAGACAAGUUGUUGGAGAAAAUCAACUAACGUCGCUGGUUUUUUAAAAUUCCACUGGACAGACAUUUCUCUCGCGGAUGUAAAUAGGCAUAUCGUCGACGACGUAAACUCCAAACAUAAAAUCUACUUACGCAACGAGACGCGCGUGAUUCACAAAACAACUCCAAAUACAUCCGACGUCAACUUCAUCAACCUCAAUUUCGAAUACAAGAUCCUAUUUCAUUCGCACGAGAACCCAACAAUGGACGGAGCAACCUUCUUCGUCAACUCAAUUCGUGCAACCUGCACUGAAGGCGCCGAUUUCUCCUGUCGCGGUUGGGUGCGCGACACAUCGGGCAACACUACCUGCCACUUCUUCAACAUCGAAUGCCCAAAAGGGCUCAAAAACGACUGUGACAUCUUAGAACUUCUCAGCGAAAAAGUAAAAAGCGAGAAACUGUGGUCCAGUGCAGUCUUCGACAAACAUUACAUCCCAGUAACCAUAGCCGAAUUGGUUAACAAGCUCAUGAAGGACAACUCUAUUGCUCCCAAUGACUCAUCCGCCUCCAACGAGUUCAGAGCUGAGAAGGCUUCAAUCGCAAAGUCUUUCUCACCUUUCAUCAAGACGAACACUGGGCAUAACGCCAGCAGCUCCACUGAGACUUCGGACGAUCAAAGCGCUCCUCGCCCUUUGGAACGAGUCUGCAAAUUUUGUGCGUUAACGGCAAGUGCUGAAUCAAAUUCGCUCAUUCGAUCAUGCUGUAAUGUGCCGAGUCAUAACACGUUAACCAUCAGUGGCUUCUCACCGCAGGAGAUGAUUGUAAGCUUAACUAAUGUCCCUUUGGAGUCACUCAAAACUAAAUUGAAGAAAACUAAUGAUCAAACUGAACAUCAAACCAAGUCAUCAUUGCCAAUCGGCGAAACUAUCACAUUCAAUCAAAAAACUUCUAAAGGACAUUUGCGGCCUCGCGCAAGCCAAGAAAAUUGAAUGGUCCGGUACCAUUCAAGGCAGUUUCUGCGCAGCCAAGACAUCUGCUCUGGGGAAAAUAUCCAAAACACUCGAUGCCUUUCCAAUCAACGAACAACUAGCCAAACUGGUCAACAGCCAGCUGCUCCACAACGUUGUGUUGCUAUCCACAGCAUACCCGCACUACGCCGCAGCCAUUUGCACAAUCCUUUCGUAUUGCCAAUGGAACGAAUUCAAUCAAACCCUGCGUCUUCUGUCAGUGACAACGCUGGUCUGCGGUGACCUCCCGCGGCAUUCCGUGUCCAAGGUAAACUCAAACAUCAGCGACAAUCAUCAAUCCUUUGCCUUUUAUCAAGUAACGGAAGAACUAAAAGUGAUUGCUUCAUCCAACAUCUAAUUUAAUCAAUCAUUAUUCCACAAUCACAUCACUCAGGUGAUUCUAAGCUUAGCAUACUCAACGGCUGUGGGUAGCAAACGUAACACUGAAUUCGUUCGGUGGAACUCGGCAAGUGCCUUUUUCCCGGGCGCUCUUUUCACGGAAAGCACGUGGAGUACCACAGCGAUUGAGUGCAUUCGGGCUUCAAUGAAAGAAGCGCGCACUAUGAUUUUGACGAGUCGUGUAGCUGACAGUGAGUUGAAGUUUGUGGUAUCCGAUUUCGUCAAUGAAACUCGGGACCUCGGCGCUCACCUAUCCACCAACAAUCGUGCCACGGCCGAAGGAGACAUCAUCAGCAACAAAGCGUCGAACUCAACCUCCUUGAGCCAGAAUUAGAGCUAAUUCCCAUGAAUUGAACCACAACCAAUAAAUCACUCAGUGACUAAAUUUGGAAAACCAUACUGCGACGGUGGCGAUCUCACAACAUAAACGAUCACGAACAAGCGAUGAACACAGUUUCCAUGCAAUAGGUUUUUGUUUUUGUUGUUACUAUCACCAUCAACAUCAAGCGUCGCCAACUCUCUGACGCACCCAACUUCUGUCUUUUUUGAAACUUCAAUGCAUCGAAGCCAGACAUAAAAUUUAAAAUUACUCAACGUUAACAAGCAAGUUUGUAUAUGCACAUAGAACUCACAACACAAAAUUUCUCACAUCAUGAACCUUCUCAACCCAUUAACACAGGCAAGUGAUAGCGUAAAACUCGACUCAAAACAUUUCAAGAUGUCGAAAACCCUAGCUGAAAUCAACAAGAGCCUCGAGGACAGUCCUGGGGCUUCAUCCACAACCGACGAGAGUCAUCAUCAUUAUACAUGUGACGAAUGGGAUAAGUGGUUUGACGACAAUUGGAAUGACUCGUCCCUCGAACAUGAACCCAUUGUUUCCAAUCAAUCUGAUGGUGCUGAACCUGAUCUAGAUCAAAUUGCCAAAUCGAACUUGAGCGAAAUCUUUUCUUAUUUCCCCAAGUGUCAAAACAUGAACGAACUGGGCGGUGUGGUCGCUCUCGAAGAGCCUCCAGCCCUGACGAAUUUCACUUGCAUGCAGUGCGACGUUGAUCACCCCGUUGCGAAUCUACAUGCAGUUUGUGGCAAUGUCAAAGCACCAGCUGCAGCCGGAGGCGCACACAAACGCUGCAGCAAAGGAGUCUGCUUGGGAUGCAAGAAGACUCAGGGACCUCUGGCCAAUAAUCUCUUCCAUUCAAUGACUGCUAAUGAUCCUUCGCGAAUCAUCUGCGUCAGCUGCAACAACCAGAAGCAAGCCGCUCGGAUGAAGGACAUCGAGAGCGCAUUCGCGGUACCUAAUCGUUAUCCAUGCAAGGCAGUCAGCAUCUACAUGAAAUUUCGUAAAUUUAAGGGUCAAUCCAAAAAUCUGUUAAUCUCUCCGUGCACAUGAGCCACAGGCUGCAAGUGGUGACAUGUCCAUGGGCCCGGACAUCGUUUCUGAAUUUCCUUGGUUUGCUGAUUAUAUCGCCAUGUCCGACGCUGAGAAGAUCGCCGCCUAUCAAGUUCUGAAGCGUCCGCCGGUCAGCGACCAAAACAAAAUUUCGCAUCUGUCACCUCAGGUAGUCACUAAAACAAAUCUCAGAAUUAUGGGUCAAACUUCUAAAAUCCAACUAAAUUACUAUUUCUUCCCGGAGUUACACUUCUGUUAUAUUCACAGGAAAUUUUGAUGAUGCACACCAACUCUGGGGGUGACAGCGGCGCACUCAAGAAAGCGGCCGAUCAACUUCGCGUAAAGGGAAAUGAGCAUCAUAAAUGGAGCAAGUUGCUGCUACCAUCCGCAGGAGGCAGUCUCCUUCACUGCAGCAACCACCUCAAUCGAUUGAUUUCGUUCUUUCCUGGAGAACCAGUUUCGACACUCGCCAACCAUGCGCUGUUUUUGGUGAAGUACCACCUUGAUCUAACCGCCCUGCAACAAUCAACCACCAAGAAAAACAACAGCAACAAAUCCUCCUCGUUCGAUCUGUCCACGUCCAAUCUGUGUUACUUGGUCUACUUCUCGCUCAAGCAAUGGGGCAAGCAAAUCAAACUUCGCGGUCGCAUGGAUCAAACUCGCCAAGGAUUUUACAAUCUGGUAUACUUGCCUCACGUUACGUCUGUUGCCUGUCGCAACAUGCAAUCCAGGGGUGUACUCAAAGCGUUGAUGGCUGAAAUCUCGCAAGACGAACUUGCUUUGGCGCGUACGAACGCUCAAAAGCGGCAAAGUGCACCGGCCGGCUUCAACUCUGCUGCUGAUGCCUCGCUACCUUCGUAUCCAGCGAGUCAGAGCAGCUGGGGUGGUUCGAACAAACGUCAGCGCCUCGAGGCUCGCAACUCGUCUGGUGGUGCAGGGGGCGGCGGAAGCGGCAACAACAACAAUCAUGGAGGCUCAAACUACAACUCCAAAUCAGCUUCCGAACGCAUUGCCGACAUCCUUCGUGGUGCCGCAGCCACAAAGGAAGCCGCAAUGGCAGCUUUCAACAACGCUUUAACCGUCAAUACCACCGAGACCUACGCAUUUUUCACCAAGAAUCACUUGUGUCGUAACUGCUUCCUCAACGGCUCCGGCUGUAACAUGAAUCACGACUACGGUUUCGGCAAUUGUGAACGUGCAGGCAACUCUUGUUCCAUCUCGUGUCGAGUGUGCUACAACCACUUCGGCAAAAUGGCUUAUCAUUGGCAAUCCGCCUGCCCGCAUAAGGACGAUCCUCGUGUCAUUGCUGAGUUCCAAAGCAAGGGAACAGACAGCAAAGGCAAGAACAAAGGGAACGGAAAGGGCAAAUUCUAACGGUCGUUGUUGCAACACGAUGUUGAAGCUGUAACAUUACUAGAACCCAUCGCUUCUCAUGUGCAACCACGCAGAAUUAUAGUUUGUUAAUCUGGUGCACUCCUCUCAUUCAAACCCAAGUACUGUAUGACCCGAUGCGAAAUCACCAGCAGUCGCCUGAUCACUACGCAAUAUGCGAACCAAUAUCAAAACCCUCGAAAGCAUCAGCAAUCCUAUUUUGAUCACAGCUCUCCCCUGCAUGGCAAUUCUCGCUCUAGAUCUGUACCCAGCAUGAGCAAGCAACACGACAAUCCACCAAUACAAAGCGAAUUGUGCUAACAAGUUACUAUAACGGUUUGAACCUGUUUCACCAAGGUGUCAGUCUAUUGAGUAAGGCGGACGUGUUGAACAAUCGUCACCGAACAAGGUGGGAUCGUAUGGAGUCGAGUGUUGCUUGAGCGUGAGUGUAUGCGAAGACAAAAACGUUUCAAAAUCGAGCGGCUGGAUGCUAGAAAAUCUACAAUUGCACGUAGUAUACGUUACUCACUCGAUAAUAGAGACAAAUUGUCCAAAAUGAGUUUCUUCAAGCUGCAACGUGUGCUACAAUCCGAACCCAUCCGUAACGCCACUCGGGCGGCGAAUCCUUUCCUUCACGCCAGGGACGAGGCAACUCGCGCGAAGACCAGUAGUGUCUCCAAUGUCACACCCGUGGAUGAUGUCCUCGGCAUCAACAGCGUCGAUGUUAAUCUAGCAACGUCCAACAACCCGUUCGACAACGUCGUUGCCGACGAAAUCGAAGCUGAACUAGGUAACAAAGCGUCAAACACGAAGUCUUCGUCUAGUAGUAUGGGAACGAUCGUGCCCGACCUCCUGAGUAACGAGUUGCUAGGAGCGUCAUCUCCGGAAUUCGUGUCUGCUGUCGAAGACAGAGAUGAGUUUGUCAUUGUUGCUUCAGCAGAGUCGUUCGCAAAGGAACUCGCCGAGCUCAAACUUUCGGUCUCGGAGCUUUGUGCUAUCCACAAGGAGUUCUCUAGCAGGAAAUGCGACAACGGCAGCGCGGCGUACAAGCCAUUCAAGUUCGGAUCCGACAACAACGAGUCCCUCGAUCUGGAAAUCUUCAAGAAAGAUGAGGCGUUAUUCAACCAGUUCCCUAUCGAGGCCAGUUUGAAAACAACUCUCAUCAACGCCGCGCGCGAGGACGUGACAGUCUCACUCGCCGAGAACUCGGCGAAAACUUAUCAGUCCAUCUUGAACAAAAUUGUUCCGUUAAUCUGCUCCGUGUUACAGUUUGCGCUUUGGCCAAUCACCUGCGACGAUGAAGCUCUGUUAUUUUUCACCGUGUUCACGAAAUCGCACUCCUGCCAUGCAUCGUACGAGUUCAUCGACGCGAUUGGUGAUGGAAGCCGAGCUAUCAGAUGGAACACAUAUGAGUUAAUCGCUUCUGCCAUCGGCGCCUUCAAUAGUGCGCGCAACAUCUCAUACACGCUUGCUGACAAAGGUUUGCGUUUCAAACGGCAUUGGAUGGGGUUCAAAAAAGCGGCCUACCACUGCCCCACCGCAAGAAAAUUCACUCCUGUUUUCCGAGACAUAGUGCAAUUCGCGUCCGACGCCCUCGCUGGGUGGAAAUCCGAGUUAGGUAAGAUGCCCCAGGACGGUAUUGCGCUGAACAUUGCGCUCCCUGUGGCGGCGCUUUGCAGCAAGUUGUUUCUUUCUGCUUCUAUCAUCCUUCAACGUGCUGUAAUCCUAGUUUUGGGAUUUUUCGGUGUACGUCGCAACGACGAGCUGAGGCGUUUGAAGGCGAAUAAUUUGUUCGGCUCAGGGGGAAUCUUGUACAUCUACGUCGCUUCGGCUAAGAAUGAUAAGUUCGCCUCUGGGCAUAAAGCCGCUAUCCCUGCAGCAUUUCAAGAACUGCUGCGGAUGUGGUUCCGGUUCUCCAACAACUUCUUCCAAUACUACAUGAAAAAAGCAUGGUGCAAUUCCGCCGAACCAUUUUUCUACGCGAUUGGCUUAAACAACAUUCCAACCCGUGGACUCCCUUUUGGCAAGGAUUUCAUCCGCAAGGCAGUAAGUGACGCCAUUGGGCACCUGAAGCCAAUUUCUACUGUUGGAGGAAUUUCCCUGCGAAAAGCAGGCGCCAUUUUCUAUUCGAAAUGGGACUCUUCGCGCAAAUUGGCGUUCUUUCAAGGCGGUUGGAGGAACGCAAAUAUGUUGGAUGAUGUUUAUGCUCCCCCCACCAUUCAAGAGGUGGCUAGUCGUAUCAACGUCAUUGUAAAUCGCGCCUCCUUUUCUCUCAACACUAUCAAAUCUAUCGAGCUGUUAGAAAAGUACUAUUGCAACAAAGACGGCAUUGAUGGUUUAAAAAUGGCCGCAUGGGUGUCAAAGUUGGAUUUUGAGUUUGUUUCCUCUGCUGAUCUUUCGGCGGCAGCUCCGUCGAUUUCGGCUGAUAUAACUCGUGGCACUGCUGAUCGCGCGAUUUUUGGCAGCAUGUAUUCGAUCGUGCGCACCGGUAAGGUGUAAGAUUGCCUAGACAUCAUACGAUUUUGCGACAUGGUGGACUCUCAAUUUGGUCCGGUUUCUGAAGCGAGCCUCGGCCUCGAGCCGUGCUCGAAUUUCCAUAUCAACGAUUACAUCAGUGCUGGUUUACCUACGACUCACAACGAAAUUUUGCAGUUUCUACACAAACAAGAUGGACCUCGGGAUGAUUGGCGCCUUCUGGAGGACAGUCGCACAGUUGACGGCUUAUCUUUAUCUAUCGAAGAAUGCAUACGUUGGGGCAUCUCCCCUGAUUUUAUCAGACGCUGGUUUGGUGGAAUUAAGUUCGACGUUGUCGAUGACGAUUUUGCUAUCACUCAGACAGAGAAUUACUACAGUACUGUUUUGCAUGAAAAAGUUUUUGUCAACGAAGUAAUGCGUUUGGUCGACAUGAAGAAAGUCAUGAUUUGCGAUUCAUCUCUUCUCCCAGCUUCCAAGAAUAUUCCCCCUCCCGGCAACCUUUUGAUUGCCCCUGCGUCCAUCCUCUUGCAAAGAGGCGGGACGAAGGUGCGGCUUAUCAGCGACUGGAGCGCGUCGUCUUGCUUUCUCAAUCAGUCGUUAUUUUCCUCGCCGGUCGAGUAUUCUUCUUGGUGGGAUCUCUUCCGUUUUUUGAAGCCAAACUGCUUUGUUUCAGGCAUCGACCUCAAAGAUUGUUUUCCGCAUUGGAUGAUCAGUCCUUCCCAUAGAAGAUUUUUUGGUCUUGACCUACCCUCGGUUCCUGCGAAAGCAACGCACUUAUUCCUGCCGUUUGGCAUUGCCCCGGCGCCGGGCGAAAACGACGCAAGUGUCAAGGAAAUCAUUCGCGUCUGCUCCAAUUCGGGCGUCAAAUCGAGGAUGUUCGAUUAUGUUGAUGACAUUCGUUCCGUCCUUCCAGGCGACGACUGUCUUUCUCGUGAGCUGACUGACAUUGAUUUGGGGCGACAAUUUUAUUUGAUGACUGCGCUGGGUUGCAAGUUGCACGAUAAAGUGGGCAAGAGGAUUCCUGCUUCGCAGCAUUUCCCGUGGCUAGGCUUUGAAUGCGACACUGUUGGCAUGCGAAUUCUCAUUGAAGAGCGACGCAGAAUCGACUACAUCGAGUUUAUUGAUUCUUUCCUCGCAGACUACGAGCAAUAUGGGCGUUGCCGUGUCAAAGAUCUCGCUUCUGUCAAGGGCAAAUGUGGUUCUUGCUCCUUUGUAGUCAAUCGAGGACCACUGUGUGCCAUGCAAUCUGUGAUAAUGGCAGCCGAUGCUCCCAGGCAGUGGCAGAAGAACAAUCGUUUCAUCCCUUCUGUGGUACUUACGAAGGAGUGCAUCGCCGAGAUCUGUUGGUGGCGGGCGACUCUUGCGAGCAACCCGGCCGCGCCCCUGUUUUACAACGGAAACAGGUGCUUCUUGUGGCGUGAAGAGGUUCUCACUUUUGGUGGUCACUUCACUCGGUCGCUCCCGAGUUCUUUGUGUGUAGUUGUGCACGGCGAUGCCGCCACUUCCAUCGGAACGGGNAUUUAUUGUCGUCCGGUAUCUUCUAAGUAAUAAAUAUGAAUGAAUCGAGUUCGUCGAGAAGAAGUAGAAGGACUAGAUCUGCAAGAAGUCCUAUAGACCCUUUUCAUCUUAGAGAUCCAUGACCAGGCUCCCGGGCAUGGAGAGGCGCCUGAAUCCGAGUCACUAUUUGAUGUAAUGUGUGGCUCUGAUAUGUAUGCAAUGACAGAUUCGUUUUGAUUUCGAAUGGGUACUGAAAACGCCAGCACCAUAUCUAUGAUCAUGAACUUUUACUUAUAGUACAAAAUUCCAGAACAUUCGUGUUUAUGAGCCAUGAAGGAAAGUUUUAGUUGAAUAAUUGAUUUUCAAGUACAAUAGCAUGUGCUGGCCUUCCUCUGAAAAUCUGGGUAGAACGUUACUUACGCAGAGGGACCACCACGUUUGGCUCCUUGAGCAAGAACGAAUCCUUGCUCAUGGGGCCAUCGUACUCCUUCCAUCGCCAGCUACGACGGGGCUUCUAGCAUCCUACAGGUCGUGCGUCUUUGUCUUUCGCCCUGAGAAAAGUCACUGUUUGAUCUCUACAGUCAUAAAAGUGGAACUAGUACAUCUACAGGAAGGAUGAUCACGAGUCAUACUUUUUUCGAUAACUAUUAUCUCAUUGUGUUUGUGUAUGUGUUCUAUUUGGACAAUAUGAUUACGAAUAUCUUUAUUCAUCAUGCAACCCAAACUCAUCUACAUUGUAGCAUAGGUAAUGCUGACGGCGAGCGGAAAAUAAUAAGAGCGAUCCGUGGUUCUAUCGCAGCUGUGAUUGGUGUCCGGGAGUUGUCGGUCACACUCUUGCUAGGAGGAGGUGGCUUCUUCGUUGUACCUAAGUUUAUGAAAAUCGCUGCACUCGUUCUUCUUCUCCUCGUUGAGCACUAGAUGCUCAUCGUCGUCGUCGUCGUCGUUCUCGUGUGGCCUAUUUUCAUUGCGUGUUAUGUUCGCCACUUUUUCAGGAACAGGAAAAGGAGCUUCCGACGAAGGUUUCCUCCAUGGCGAUCUAGAUCUUGUUGUUUGGCUGCUUCACCCGCCUUCCUCCUUGGAUUACUUUCCUUCCUUGAUGUCUAUGCCUAAAUAAUGGUCUUUACUCGAAACCUCUACAAAGUGAAAUUACAGUUGUACCUAUGAUUGUUAGGAGGAUGCCUCGUUAUACUUAGUUGUGCUACUCUGAAUUUUUGACAGAUUUCCUCUUAAAUGACUCUAUCUAAUAUUCUUGAUAUGAUUCAUUCCCAAUCACAAUCCCAUUGAAAAAGUGCUAGAAAUGCCUCCUGUGUAUUCUUUCUACUUUCAAAAAUCAAUAUUCAUCCUAUAACAAUAAAAUUUCCCAAGAAGUACAAGUACUAACAGUAGUAGUUUCUAGCUGUAGUUGUUCUUCUUUCUCUUCGCUUUGACACAUAUGUGACUCCACGCAAAACUCAACUGUGAUGUAGCGAUAUUCUCCCUCACCAAGAAUAGACCAAAUAUUUUUUCAAUCUAGUAGCUGCACCUUUCUGGUGUUGAUUCAAAGGCUGAAGCGUUCGAGUUUCGAGCUUAUCCCUGCUGCUCUGAGCAGAAGUUUGGCUGUGGGUCACGAUUGAAUGUGUGGAUUCUGUUUUGUGGUUUCGACUGGUAUCUAUGGAAUAUCAUCCUCUUACCGAAUGGUGUUCUGGGUUUUUCCCCUUUUAAGACCCGCGGUUCGCUGGGUUCAAGUCCUGUAGUGCAGGUCAGAAAAACUUUGAUGGGUAAAUGGAAAAAACAAAAGUUGUAUCUGCUAGACAAUCCAUUUUUUUUUCGUGAAAUCCUGAGAUCCAUUUUUCAUUCUUCUCUCUUAUCGGCGCAUCUGCAGACCGCCGGGUCCUUUUAUUUUCAGUUAUGCUAGAACAGCGCAGGUGUUCGCUAUAACUAAUUUAGGCGAGAGUUUUAUUUGCUGGCAUCGGUGUCGUUCCUUCACUUACUCAUGAUCUUGGGGGCUGCGCAUCCUACACGCAGCGUGUACAUUCGUACACGAAUCGAAUCUAAUCAAAUCGUUCUUAAUCGAAUCUCAGCGAUCGCUAUCGAAUCUUUUCUCUCUCUACUCUUGGUUUACAAUCGAAUCAUCUUUCUCAUUUCUCUUUUUCCACUCCCUCCCUCCCUUCUUUCUGGUAAUCCAUUCACACUCGCCCCUAGCGGCGUCGAACGCACAGCCUAUCUUCCUUCAGAUUCUAUCUCAAAUGGUCAUUUGAUAUUCAUCUUCGUGCGAUUCGAUGCCGCUAGUGGGCUAGUCUGGAUGGCUAACCCGCUAGCAAAAUAAACUCUCGCUCUGAUUGGCAGCACCUGGACUCUCGUCCUCAAUCUGGCCGUUUUUAGUUCUGAAGAUAUCGUCCUCACCGCGACUUUUAUUUGCAUGAUAAAUGUCUAGGCCAGACUUGAGGCUGCCAUGAACAUGAUGUCGACUUCAUGAACGUCGAAAUAUUUCGUAGUACUUUUUUCAUUUCGACACAACAGCUUCGACGGACGCGGCAUCGGCAAUAAUCCGAACGAAAACAUGGCUUCUGCGCCCCCUCUCGGCUCGCAGCUAGCUGCGCUCAGAAAAAUAGUGGAGCAGUAUGAGAAAAAAGCCCGCGACCAGAUUGACCAUGGUGUGAACGAGGUACGCAGCUAUGUACGCGCGGGCUCCUCAAGUGGCGGAUGUGGGAAAAGCUUUUUGCUUGAGAAGCUUGGCGUUGUAGAGCGCAAAAUUGUGCCUCCUGGAGACGAAUCCGUAAGAAGUAGAAAAAGUGAUCCGACACGAGCGACUGGUGCCGGAGGUAACAUUUCCACGACGAGCAACGCCACUAUUGGUGUAACUGCUACGACGUCGACCAAAUUGCUUCCGUCGAAAACCGACGUAGCUGGUAGUGCAAAGGCAAAAGAUCAUUCAAAAAAUACUGUUGAAGACAUGAAAGCGGCAUUUGCUGCGCCGGCUGCCGUUGCGUCAAAGGCGGACGAACUACCUCUAUCCUCAGCUGUGCCGAGCAAGACUCAAGCAAUCGAGGAGGUUGCCCCACCAUCCUUAUCCUCGUCCUCAUCAUCAUCGUCGUCCUCUUCAUCAUCGAGUCAUGGUAAAGAGCAAAAGGCGCCUGGAGCUGCGAGUAUAACCGGUUUUGCCGGAACCUUUGCUACGAGGAAUCGAACCCGAACAUCUACGUCAUCGUCUAGCGGGAUUCAGAUUGUUGGUUUGCAGGAAGCCGAGGUCGAUCUGGGUCCGUCAGCGGCCGAAGCCGACGCAAUACUUGAGAAGCAGACUGCUGCAGUUGAACGUAAGCGGAAUCAGCAAGCGAAACACGGGAGACAAAAAGCACCACAACCGGGCGCAGCUUCAACGAGUGGUGGAGUGCAGAAUAACAUCUUUUCUACAUUUGCAGCUAGUCGAUCUGCUCAGCAGGAGCAAUCGAGAGUGUCGACCAGUAAAUGUACAGAAGAACAAAAACAGGAACGUCCCCGUGGUGACACUAAGGCACCUUCGACAGCUAGUGGAGUAGGUCACCGUGUGUCCUCAGGAAACGCGGCUACCGACGCGGCAGUGGAUGCCGCUAGUAAGAGAAGAAGAAGCGCCCAGAGCCCACUUCACGUAGCUGGUCUUGGAGAAGAUCGGACGUCUACCGCAUCUACAGCCAACAAGCCUUCCUCGGGAGUACAGGAUCUUUUGAACAGAAUGCAUAUGAAAAGAGCGACUGCGAGUGCCGGAGCGUCAAGCUCGAUAGGUGGUGGUGCUCCGCUGAAGGUGGAGGGGGGCGAAGAUGUCAAUUUGGUUGACAAGAAAAAGUCCAUUAGCGCUGCGCCAUCACCGUCGCGCAAGAACUCGCUGCGAGAGAGUAGAUUUCCUGUUGUUGCAGCGUCCUCAUCAGCAGUAGGGCCAGUCGCGACUGAGAUGGCUGCUGGGCAAGCCUCUACCUCUACACCAGCUGCUUCUGCAGUAUUGCAUGCCGUGCCUCAAGUUGUUCAAGAAAAGCAACUACUUCAGCAUGAAAAUAUGUCAAAGUCUUCAAGUAUAUCUGUAAUGUCCUGCUCACCUCCAGCUGCAAAAAAACGGAAGCUCAGUGAUAAGGGUGGUGGAGUUGGCAGAGACAGGAAUCCUUCCGAACCGAUGGAGAUCCAUUUUUCGGACUCAGAAGAUGCUGAAGCACUUCCAGCUGCAUCAACUAACACUAAAGAUAAUGCUAAUAUUAGAGAUGAAGGUGGUAUGCAACAACAACAUCAACAAUCUGCUCAUGUCGUUGGACUUGCACAAAGUGAGGUAGCUGCAGGGACUGCACCCGCCGUACCUCAUCAAGUAGCGAAGACAGUUUCCACCUUAGGCGGGGAGGUACAACAGAGUAAAGCUAGCUCGUCGUCUGGAAAAGGACCACUUGCCACUCUUGAUCGCUUUCUUCCAAUGAAAAGGCCCUCUUCGAAAGCGGUAAAUAGCGGAAACCCAGUACCUCCCGUUGCCAAAUUGCAUAUCGGAGGAAAGAGCACAUCUUUUAGCUCCAGUGGUGCAGGCACUAACACUGCCGCCAAUUAUAGUACAGCAGCAGCAUCAUCUUCUACAUCCUCGACAUUCUUGGGAAUAGGGAAGAGACCCGGCCCUGUUGGAGGGCGUGGCGCAACAUCGUCGUCCUCAAGUGGCUUUCUUGCCCUCGCAAAACAAGACUCGACGUUAUCGAGAACAUCUGCAUCUGGAAUGGCAAGUGCCAGAGCAAAGGCGAAUGCAAAAGCAGGGACGAGCGCCAAGGGGAAAGGCAAGAACAAGAGGGCCGCACCAACUGAUCAAGGCGUCCAACCACAGUUGAAAUUUUUGCAGAAAAAGACUUCACCCACCAAAGGCUCAUCUUCUAGUGCAGGUGCUGGCAACUUUACCGGAGCACCAACGUCUCGACAUCAAGGUGGACCGCCAUUGGGCGGCACCACUCUAGGUGGUGGAGCAUCAUCCAGCGCGGCGUCUUCCGCACUUCACUCCGGGGUCUUGGGGACACAACCGAUGAAGAGAACAACCGCGAUGAAAAAAGGCGCUGGACUUGGAGGUGGAGCGGGAGGCCAACAAAGGGCUGCUGACUCGACAAUGAAAAAAACCGAUAGCGCAAGGUCAAAUCCAGGAGGAGCGGAGGCAAAAGGUACAACGCCGUCGAAAGACGCUCCUCGGUCGGCGUCAAGUGGUGGAAACUUCGAAGACUUGUUUCGCGAAAUCGUAUCCGAAUACAACAUCUAGGUCCCUGCCUUGGGUAGGGCGCUCUAACUUUUUACGCGAAACCUAGAAGUCGACGUAGAUUGAUCUUGAUUAUGCGACCUCCUGUAAUGUUGAGUAUACUCAUCAUGAACCCGGCUGGUUACGAGAAAGAUCAUCUGAACAUUUGUUACACCUACACGACGAUAAUUGAAUUGGCCGUUUGAGUUAGCUUAAACGGGCGUUCACUGCAGAGAUAAAGGACGAAAGAGAAGAUUGGGAAACGCGAGAUUAGAAAAAAAGUAAGAAUCUGAACUGGGCCUAGAGUGCGAAGACCCAACUGCAGACCUCUUCUUUCUUUCCUGUUUUCUUUUCUUUCUGUUGUAUUGAUUCAUUGUUCUUCUUGUUUUUCUUCUUUCAUAGUGUUGUCACCAUUAUUCUUCGUUCGGUUCACAUUGAGCCUUUCUAUUUGUGCUUCGGCCAUCAUUUUGCGUUUACCGCGGGUCAAUUAAGGCUCGUCUCGUUGUUUGCCGCUUAAUUGCCAUAUCUUCUUUUUCUUCGUGGUUUCUUAUUGGUUUCUUGCUUCGCCUUCGGUGCUCGCGUUGUUUGUUGUCUCUCCGCUUGGGUACUGUUAGCCGUCGUCGUCUGCGUGCUUGCCUUCCUAGGCGCGGAGCGAUGGCCAGUGUGUCCAAUGAGGAGAGCCAUUUAUUAAGUUUUAGCUCUGUUUCUAAUAUCCAAAAUAGAAUAUCUUCGUCAAAGAAUUUGCUGGUAGCGAAGCAUACCGCAUAAGGUCCUUGUGGUCUCUUUCCCCACCUUCUUCAUAAAAUUAAUAGAUCUAGUUGUAGUUCUUAAUCUCAGCGUGAGUGGGCCGUUUGAGCUAGCUUAAACGGGCGCUCACUGCAGAGAUAAAGGACGAAAGAGAAAACUGAGAAACUCGAGAUUAGCAAAAAGAUAUGAGUCUGUGCUGGUCCUAGAGUGCGAAGACCCAACUUAAGCUCUCUUCUUUCUUUCCUGUUUUCUUUUCUUUCUGUUGUAUUCAUUGUUCUUACUUCUUGCGUUUCUUCUUUCUUGGUGUUGUCGCCAUUUCUUCGUUCGGGUGAAGCUUCAAGGUUCUUUUUUUUCCCAGCCCACCCAUCCCGGUUAGAGGUUCUAGAAUCGUGGCUC